AUGAUGUCAACAGACAGCCUCGAGGCCGACCUCAGCAUACCCUCAGAGUUUCCCAGCGUCCAAGCGACUUCGUCCGAGAAAACUACGGACACGGCAUCCUUCAUGGAGGACACCCUGAAAGCUUUCAUUCAGAUUCUAGCCGAGAUGAGGCCCACAAGACCUGAGAACGUGCGUGGGCUGCCAGUCCAUCGAGCCCUGCAACUGGCACCCUGCAUGGUGCGACGGAGAGAUCUGCUGGGACUCCAUCGUUUAAGCAGGGAGACCACAAAGCUGGACGAGUUCUGGUCCCACAGUUGGCGCACGAGGCUUUGGGUGAAGUACCUGAACAUCCUGUUCCUGAACAACAGCUUCCCAGCAGUUGUAGUAGGCACGCUUUGUGCCUUAACAACCUUCUUGCUGUGUGCGGCCCGUGUGGUUCCUCCGUUGUCCUCGGUCGAGCAGCGGACAUAUAUUUGGUGCACCCCGGCCGGAGUCGUGGGCUACUACCUGACCCUGCUUCUCUGGCGGUGCAAGAAGCUCUCUUUCUUUGACAUGGCCUGCAUAAAUCAAGUGGACGAGGCUCGAAAGCUCGAUGGCUUGAUCAGCAUGGGUGCCGUGUUGAAGUGCUCGAAGUCUCUCUUGGUUCUGUGGGACGCAACGUACGUUUCGAGAUUGUGGUGUAUGUUCGAGCUUGGGGCCUUCUUGCAUGGAAAGGACCUUCAGGCAGACGAUUGCUUGAAUUGCUUGGUGGUCUGCCCGGUGUUCGUGGGCCCUGCGCUGGUGACGGGCCAUCUGGGCCUGAGCCUACUGCUGGUUGCUUUUGUAUGCUCUCAGGUGCCAAUCAUACCUUGGGCUGCUUUCUUCAUAAGUGCUCUCGCUUUUCCAUGCUUGACGCUGCUGGCAUUUGUGGUUCUCGCGCAUUGCCACAGCAUCGAGGAGGUGCAAAAUCAAGUGCGCAAUUUCAGGAUUGAGGACUCAAAGUGCUAUUGCUGCUCCCGCGGUCACGUCGAAGCCGACGGUACAGAGAUGGCGAUUUGCGACCGCCGUGUCGUAUAUUCUUGCAUUGACUGUUGGUUUGGAUCGCGCGAGCAGUUCGAGCUUGUGGUGCGGACAAGGGUCUUGUCAACCUUGCUGCGUCAGCUUACACGCAACGUCUUUUCAUAUGGGCGCAUCGUGCAGGUGACCUGCCCGAUGUGGUGGCUUUUUCUAGACUUGGUGGCUUCACAGGAUAGCGGUGACCGUGCCAGACUCUUCCUGCAAACCGGACUACAAGGUGGCGCAUACUGCUUGAUGCUGACACCAAGCCUUGUGUGGAUCAUGCUCCGCAUGGCCUACAGACUGCGGAAGCUCUUUGUCGGGUUAUAUCGGCAGCUGUUGCUUUCCUUCGGUUUGAUCGCUGCAGGAACACUGAUCUUCAGUCUCCUUUUUGCAGCGGAAAGGUCACUCGCUGAACUCUCGUAUCGUUUUUUUCAGAGCCAGUGGCCCUCCGGCAUAGCCAUGCUGACGAUUGCAGGACCGGCUACAUUCUUCGUAUGGCGGUUGCCAAUAAUUGGCAUGCCAUCACCGAGCGACGCAAUCUCGCAAAGCUAG